AACUCGUCACCAUCUUGGGCAAUGCAGUCAGCGCGCUGCCAAAACAUGCAGUUCAAGUUAUUCGUCAUGUGUGGAAUGAGCAGGGCAAAUCCAUUAGUAUGUCAGAAGAUGCAAGAAAUAUGGCCACAGUGGGGCAGUUUGUCGAUAUUAAGUGGAAACUGGGAGUUGCGAUGAGCUCUGACACCUGCAGGUCUCUGAAGUAUCCUUAUGUUACAGUGACGCUAAAAGUGGCAGACCCUUCGGGACAAAUAACAGACAAAUCUUUUGAAAUGACGAUCCCACAGUUCAAGAACUUCUUCAGACAGUUCAAGGAAAUGGCAGCUGUUCUGGAAACAGUUUGAAGAGAACUCUUUUAUUUACACUGAAAUGUCGGACAGACUUAGAUCAAGUAAACUUUCCGUUCUGCACAGGGAAUAAAGUGCCAUUGUUCAGCAAGCACUGUCCAUACAUACUCAUCCGGUUCCACUCCUGGUGCUCGAGUGCGGGAGGAAGCACGCAUGUUAGAGGGAUGAUGCUCAGCGCUCCUCAUACCAGCCCUGGAUGCUUUGAAAGACUUCCCAACUCUUGUUUCCGAGGCUUUUCUGAGGGGAGGUGGAGAAAUGACCUGCCAUUUGAACUGAGUUGUUGGGAUAUGUCUGUUAAUUAUUUAUGACUUUGUGUCAUUGAGGAACUACGCUGGCACCAUUCUUGGUAUUGUGUUGGGACUACAAGUGCCCUGUUGUUCACGGUUUAAAUCCUUUAACGCUGAAGAUGAACUGAUGAUCCAGAUAUGAUACAUGAAAUAGCUGCGGUGGUGCCAUGUGCCAAAACAGUAUACAUUAUCAAGGUGUUGUCUUAACGAACGAAACGUACUUCCUUGCAUAAACAGAAGGUAAAUAUACUUUCCCAUUUUAUUUGGAAAAAUAAUCUUUACAUGUAGUGCUCCACUGACAAGCAUAUUGAA